AUCUCUUUCUCUCAGCAGUUGUAAGUUACACACCUACGCUGCACCAGAAAUCAUUGGAAUCAUUUCCUGAAGAAUGGCUGCCAAACGGUUGUUUGAUGAUUCCGACAAUGAUCAUUCCGACCAAUCUAACCCCAAGCGCAUCAAAACUACCAAACCAACUUUUGCUUCUGUGAUUAAAGAGGUGGUUACACUUAAUUUCUUGGAGAACUUCUGCUCAUCUUUAGAGCCAAUGCUCAGAAGAGUGGUGCAUGAAGAGGUGGAAAACGGGCUAAGACGCAAUCUUCGAUCUCUAACAAAGGCUCCAUCACUUCGAAUCCAAGCCAUUGAUGAGCUACCGACCCUACAACUGAUAUUCAACAAAAAGCUUUUACUCCCAAUAUUCACUGGAAGCAAAAUUACAGACACCGAAAGCAACCAUCUUCAAGUCGUCCUCGUUGACACUAGAGGUGACGGAAAGGUCCCAGCAUUUCUUCCCUGCUCCCUUAAGAUUGAAAUCGUGGUUCUGGAUGGCGACUUCCCCGCUGGGGACAGUGAAAAUUGGACUAACGAAGAAUUCGACAAGCAUAUUGUGAAAGAAAGAACUGGGAAGAGGCCUUUGCUUGCUGGAGAAUUGAAUGCCAUCAUGAGGGAUGGAUUGUGCUCGUUUGGUGAUAUUGAAUUUACUGACAAUUCGAGCUGGAUUCGGAGUAGAAGAUUCAGGCUUGGUGCAAAAGUGGUUCAAGGGACCAGUGCUGCCGGUCAAGUUGCCAGAGUUCGACCUGCCAUGUCUGAAUCCUUUGUUGUCAAAGAUCACCGUGGUGAAUUGUACAAGAAACAUUAUCCACCAUCACUAGAUGAUGAUGUAUGGCGUCUGGAAAAGAUAGGAAAAGAUGGAGCUUUCCACAAGAAACUAUCUGCAGAAGGUGUAAACACUGUGCAAGAUUUCUUGAAGCUCAAUGUCAUUGACCCCCAAAAGCUUAAAAAGAUACUUGGACUUGGGAUGUCGGAGAAGAUGUGGGAGGUGACGUUGAAACAUGCGUGGACUUGUAACAUGGGGACAAAGCUCUACAUGUCCCGGGGAUCCAAUUACAUAAUCAUCCUUAAUCCAGUUUGUCAAGUUGUUAAGGCUGUCAUCAAUGGACAACAUUAUGUUCUUCGUGAUUUAAAGAUGAUGAAUAAGGGCUAUGUCGAGAAGUUGGCCCAAGAUGCUUAUGCAAAUUGGAAAUCUUUGGAAGAAAUCGAAGGUCAAGUUAACGAGACUGCAUUAUUAACCAUGGGUGAAAUUGGGGACCAAGUUCCAAAUCAUCAACAGCCAAAAAUGGGCAGUUCUUAUCAGGGUGGACAAGCACUAUUACUUGAUGGAUCCACAAAUCAGAUGGCAUCAAUUGCAAACAAUGAACAAGUGACCUAUAAUGACUGGGGUCUCAAUUGCAGCUACCUGUGGACUCCCGCGCAGAACAGUGGCCGCUAUUUCCCCGAGUCCUCCUCCGAGGGUGACUUGCAUUAAAGUGGCUGGUUAUACCAUUUGUGCCGAGGCUCAAGAUGCAGCAGUUGUACAUAAUUAUCAAGUCUUUUUUUUUUUUUUCCGAGCAAGUAGAAACUUUUAAUUUAUGCCACCCCUUUGUAAAAUGUUGUGGUUUGGCAUUAGGAUUGUUGUUUUUUUUGCUGACGGAAAGUUCCUAGUAAUGCGAUGUAGUCAACUGUCAUUGAUCUUUUUUCUUCUUGUACAAAGGAGAAGAUCAAAUAGUUAAAUCAAUAAUUUGUACGAAGCAAGCAAAUAAAUCAGAUAUUUGUCCCUU